AUCACGAAUCUUUCCAAGUGCUACGAUACAGCAAUCUUGGAAACGUGCUUUGACUGUAGGAUGGAUAGUUUGGACAACUCUGGAGGCGCAGCUUUCACAAUGUCAUCUACUGUAAGAUCUCGGCUGUUCUUCCACGCAGUAGUUUCCGGAUCCAGAUUCACGUUCUGAGAAAGUGCGGAGUCCAGGAACGUCGUUGAUGAAACGGGUGUGGGUGGAGUACCAGCGGAAGAAGCUUGAGAAGAGAUGUUAUCUUUCAUAUUCCCGGAGUAAGGUGUGAAAGAAACACGCUUCCUCUGUUCUUGAUUAGACCGUUUAUGCUGAGAUCUGCAUCGAGCCAGUUUCAAAAACCAGUUCCUGCAGAAAGAACAUUGAUGAAGACGCAAGUAAGCGAUAAAAUCAGCCGGAAGGAGAUUAGGAUUGUGAACUAGCAGAAUAUAGCAAAAAACGCGCUAGCUGAGCGGUGCCAGACACUCUGCAGGACUAGAUUCAGAACGAAACAUCGAGCGACAGAGGGAGAAACAGCAAAAGGAGCAGACGCAAAAUUUGAAUCUCACGCGGUCAUUAUCCGGGGCGCUUUUAUUAUGAGUGAGGUAGUUGUCACUAAAUACUUUGGAAGCAAAAAGAGCAAAAGUUACAAAUACGUCUUCAUCUGUAUCAGUGGGUACAACUUCGUCAUGUGGGGACACAGCAUUGCCGAUGCGGCGUGUCGUUCCGACAUCGAUAACGCAGCCAUUGUUGGUUAUCAGGUUUGGGAAUUCUUCGAUCCUGUAUUUGGAUCAGCAAUCGUAUUUUUUAGGAUCUUGUCAGGUUGUUUAUUUAUUUCUCUUGCUUUUCAUUCAAAUGAUUCUCCAGAAGAUGAGAACGCUGAACCACAAUACGAUCGUUUUCACACUCCCAUUAAUAGAAACGAUGAAGAAAACAUUGUGGGAAUAAUUAAGUUUAUGACAAGCAAUCGAAACGUCCGAAAACAAACUCUAACAAUUUUCAAUGAUCCUGAAGCCACUACUACUGACCUUUAUUUCUCUGCACAAACUGAACGCUUUCAUCGCAACACUAUUCGAAGCUAUUACGGGUCUGUUUUCGUCGUCCUGUUUGCUGUCGUUCCUUUUGUUACUUACGACACACUCGCUCGUCAUGUCGGAAAGCCACAAGAUAGUAAACCGAAAUAUGCCGUGGAGCUUACCAUAAACAUAUUGUUGAUUGUUUUGAACGGAUGGUAUAUCAUUUCAUGUGGAUGGUGUCCGAAAAAAAAGAAAAAUGGUGAUAAUACAAUGAAGUCGAACACUGCUAACUACGCAUGCAACUUUUGCAAAAAUAUUAAAGAGACAUGGAAAAAGAAGUUCCACUUUAAUGCAGAAUUCUGGAUAUUUCUCGUUUUCACUGUUUCGGCUAUUAUCUUUAACAUAUUAUUGGCUAAAGUUGAAGGCGGACAAGAUCUUGCAACAGACAUUACUGCCAUUAUCGCUGUUAUUUUGCAGUCUGUGUUUGUCUUCUGGACAGCUCUCGUUCCUAGUACGUUGGAGUUAACGUUAUUACGACGAGGACACCGCCAUCAUAGCUUCAGUUGUCUGUUAUUAUCCCUACUGUUUGCAAUCACUGUGGGUGCACUAGCCGUUGACAUAGAGAGAGAGCAUUUCGGUUCUACUGUUCACCAUUACUCGUUUCUUAGAGCUUUAGCACCCCUGAUGGUUGACUUUCGAGUUCACGCUGCUAUUCUAACGUACAGUGUGCUGUCAGAAUUUUUUCAGCAACGAUUUACGAAACGUGAAAUUAAAGACAAGGGAAUAUUCGAACAAGUAAGUGGCUCGUUGACAGAAGAACCUGAAUGUUUCAGGACUGGAUGCAAACGAGACGACUGCAAAGUGUUCUGGAAAUGCACAAACAACAAGUGUAAUUCUGGGGCUUACUGCAACAAGUGCUUUACAAACUUUAUCGUAAAACUCGGCUUUUGUCCCACUUGCUCUCUCAAAGUGGAUUCGGACUCGUGUCAAACACCUCCGCCAUUACGACCACCUUCGUCAUCAUCGCAAACAUCUUUGCUGGAUGAUGUAGGUGAAGUGCCCCAUUAUGGAAGCGGCGUGAUUUGACUCAUACAUGUAUGACGUUGCUUUGCCGGUUUGAAUUCGGACUGGACUGCUUUCUAGCCUAGAUAAGCAACACGUUUUAAUUACAAGCUGUUUAUUUAGUUCGUGUUUUAGCUUGCUACGUGAUGUUUAUGCGCUGCUUUUAGUAAAUGGUUAUCAAACAUUAUUCGUCUGUAAAUGUAUGUAUCAUAUACAUGGCAAAUACUAGCGUUUCUGUUCAGUUCGCGCGAAAAAGAGGACAAUAAAUCAUAA